AUGGGGGAAGAUGCCAGCCUGUUCCCUGAGGAGAAGCUUUUGAACGCCGCACCCCUUGUGGAGGAUGAAACAGAUGAACUGGAGGACCCGGAGUUUGUGCUGGACUCUCUCCCUGGGGAGGCUGAGAGCAGGGCGGCCCCAGGCAGCUCCUGUCCAGGGAAAGAGCGGAGUGUGGACAAGAGGAAGCAGAGGUCAGCCGCCCGGGCCAGGAUCCAGGCCUCUCUCCUGCGGAGGGACUUGAGCCACCUGGACCAGCUGCACGAGGAGAAAGACCUUUUCAUUCAGAAAACUAGGGGGGAGCUGCGUGCUUGCCGCCAGAGGAUGGAGCUCCUCACCAGGCAGCAGGAGGGCGUGCUGGCUGAGAUGGCGGCGGAGAGAGCGGCCAACAACACGGCAGCCGUGGGCCGCCUGGAGGCAGCAUCCCUGCGCCUGUGCUUGGAGCUGGAGAACGAGAGGGACCUGCAGGCAAAGAUGACAGCCGUGCUGCAGGAGAGCGAGAGCGCCAUGUGGCACAUCGAGAUCCGGGAGGGGCAGCUGGAGGACGCCCGCGAGUCAGCCCGAGAGGAGGCCGAGGCUGCUGGGAGGUGUCUCCGGGAGCGGGCGGCCGAGCAGCUGCGCCGGGAGACGGGGGCCUCGGGGAAGGCAGAGUGGAGCCGGCUGCUGCGGGUCCGGAGAUCCGUGCGCCUGCAGAAGGAGCAUGGGCUCAGGCACCAGAAGCUGGUGGAAGACGCCCAGAAGAACCACCGGAAGGCGGUGAAGUUCCUGAAGGCCUCCCUGGUGAGGAUCCGCGAGCGGGAGCGGAAGGAGGAGCUGGAGGCCCGCGAGCACACGCGCAGGCGCAUGGACGCCGUGCUGGCCCUGAAGAACAGCAUCUCCGCCAACCGGGAAACGCUCAGGAAAUUUCAAGCGUGGGGCCAGGCCAAGGCAGAGCUGGCAGAACGGAAGGCCCAGGCCGAGAAAGAGGCGAUUCUGGCCCAAGGUGGGGACGCUUUCAAGCACCUUUGCCAUCAGCGCCGGCGCCAAGAGCUGGAGGCCCAGACCCGCGCCUUCCAAGAGGAGCAGAAGCUCAGGAAGCAUGAGAUUGUGAGUCGGAUCUUGAAGGAGGAGGCGGAGGAGGACCGGAGGAAGCGGCAGCCCGCGCCCCCGAGACCGCCGCCGGGCCGGCCGAGCCUGCGGGACCAGACCUGGAGCUACGUGGCCGCCGUCUGCGCGGGGAGGAGCACGGAGGCCCCCACACAUCCCCGGAGCCUGUCCCCAGACGCCGUAGCCGGGCCGCUUCCCUCCCAGCUGGUGAAGGCCAUGUCCAGCGAGUCCGUCCAGGGGCAUGGGGGGAGCCUCGGCUGGGAGGAGACGCUGGCUCAGCCGGAGAUCCCUGGGCUCUGGAAGGAGGACUACGAGCCGUACCAGGUGCCCAAGGAGGACGUGGAUCGGAAGCCGGUGGGUGGCACGAAGAUGGACAAGGACAUCCUGGCGCACACGGUGCAGCGGCUGCGCAGCCGCGUGACAUGCAGGCAGGUGGCUUCCGGGCGCGAGUUCCGAGGGUGUCCCUUCAACAGCAGGCCCAGGCUCAUCCACUUCAAGGACUUUGAUAUCGGCAAAGUGUACAAGAAGAAGAUCACACUGAUUAGCACCAGCUACACGAUUAGCUACUGCAAGCUGGUGGGCGUGGAGCAGAGCCUCCGGGACUUCAUCCACGUGGCCUUUGAGCCCCCUGGUCCCAUGUCAGCCGGCAUGUCCUGCGAAGCGCUCGUCACCUUCAAGCCCAUGAUAAACAAAGAUCUGGAAGGAAACAUCUCAUUUUUGGCUCAAACGGGCGAGUUUUCUGUUCCACUGAAGUGCUCAACGAAGAAAUGCUCCCUGUCCCUCGACAAGGAGCUCAUCGACUUCGGCAGCUGCGUGGUGGGCGAGACCACGUCCCGGACCGUCACGCUGACCAACGUCGGGGGCUUGGGCACCAAGUUCAAGUUUCUUCUGGCAUCCGAGUCCUGUGAGAUGGACACGUCCCCGUCACUCCUAAAAAUAAGCAGUAUCUACACGUACGAAGACACAGGUUUUUAUGAUAAAAUCACCACCAGCUUUUCUGAGCAGCGGAUGGCAGGCAAUGAGUCCUCCCCGACAGACGUGCCAAGCCAGAAGGAGUCCGGAAAGCUGGACACGAAGGGGCAGGAGGAGGGGCGCCCCUCAGAGGGAGUGGCCUUGACCACCACGGUGACUAUGCUUCCCAACGAGGAACAGACGGAGUUCUCGCUGGGAGAGAUAACAGAGGGGGAGAUCAGACCCUUCAGCUCCAUCAGAGUGCCUGUCGUCUUCACCCCGAUGGUCCCGGGAACGGUCUCCACACGGUUCAAGGCUGUGUUUAAGGAUCAGCAGUGCCAGACCUUAUAUUUCAAAGUCGUGGGUGUUGCGAUCGACCUGCCAGUCUGGGUGCCGAAGCCCAACGUGGACCUGAAGAUCUGCAUGUACGACCGGCUGUACCAGGACUCCGUCCUCAUCCACACGCGGUCGAAGGCUGCCCUGCGCCUGAAGUUCGAGGUGUGCAAGGAGCUGCGGGGUCACAUCAAGCUCCUGCCCAAGACUGGCUACAUCCAGGCCCUGUCGUCCUACUCUGUGCAGCUCAAGUUCCUGCCCAGACACUCCCUCCCUGAAGACGCGGGGAAGUAUUUUGACAAGGAAAGCAGAGUCCUGGAGGCCCCGAUGACUAUCCGGGUGGCAGACCAGAUCAAGCCGGUAGGGUUUACUGUCCACGCCGUAGUCACCACCUCGGACCUGGAGCUGAGGCCCCCGGGGCUGGACUUUGGCUACUGCACCGUCUACGAGGCCGUCAGGACCCACGUCAGCCUCUGCAACCACUCCCUCCUGCCCCAGGAGUUUGGGUUCGUCGGGCUUCCCAAGUUCGUGGACAUCCAGCCCAACGAUGGGUUCGGGACGAUCCUGCCACUGGAAACUCUGCAACUGGACGUGAUCUUCCAGCCCACCAAGGCCAGGGAGUACAACUUUGAGCUUAUCUGCAAGUCGGAGAUUAACCGGUGCUUCAAGCUGUCGUGCCAGGCUGUGGGUGUCCACCCACCCCUGGAGCUUUCCCACUACCAGAUCAAGUUUGCGGCCACCUCCUUGUACGACACGUCGGUGGCCACCCUCUACAUCAUCAACUCCCACCUGAGCACGACCUCGCUGAUGCACUCGGUGCCCCGCAUCGGCUCCGGGGACACGCCCCCCGUGGGGCCCACGUCUUUCGAGUUCCUGCUGCCCCCAGGCUCCCCCGUCACCAUCUCACCCUCGGUGGGCACCGUGUUGCCAGGCAAGAGGUGCCUGGUCCGGGUCGCCUUCCGGCCCGUGCUGCCCACCGAACUAAUCCACCAGGAGGCCCUCCAGGCCCUGACCAAGGACGCUGAGGCCAGAUCGUCCCGAAAGGACACGGCCACCCAGAGGAAGGACCAGCGGAGACAGUCCUUCUCCGUACUGAGGCUGCAGAACCAAGACCGGCUGCUCCGGGCCUCCACCUCCCAGCCCCCGGAGCUGCAGAAGGAGGACCUCACGUCCAGUUCCCAAGAGUACCAGGCUGCCCAGGCCGCCCUCACCAGAUCUUUCCAGGGGAAGUUUGACAAGUUCGUGGUCCCCUGUGUCGUUGCCAGCGGUGACACCAAAGACAGGAAGGGGACAGAACCCCUGAGCUUCAGUCCCCACAACACCCUGUACCUGGAGCUGUGGUGUCCAGCGGUGGCACCAUCCAUCGUGGUGGUGUCUGACAAAGGCAAGACCGUCGCUGACUUCGGUGACAUCGCUGUAGGACAUCGUGGCAUAAAGAAGGUCUCCGUCCAGAACGUCUCGCCCGAGGACCUCGAUCUGGAGUACUCUGUGCUGAACCCCCAUGGCCCCUUUGUCCUGCUGAACCCCAUCAGCAAGCUGCCGUCUGGCGAGACCCAGGUCCUCGAGCUGUCCUUCUCCCCUCGGGAGAGCAUCCUGGCCCAGGAAACGCUGGACGUCAUCACCAAGAGAGGCACGCUCUCCUUGGCCCUCGUGGGCACAGGCGUGGCGUCCGUGAUCACGUGCUCCAUUGAAGGGGGCAUCCUCAACAUGGGAUAUGUGAUUGCCAGAGAAUCCGUCUCCUCGGGCUUCAAGCUGCAGAACAACUCUCCGCUGCCCAUCAAGUUCUCCGUGCAGCUGGACAGCCUCUCCACCAGGAGCAGAGACCAGAACCGGCUGCCGCAGUUCCUGGCCUCCCCAGCCCAGAGAACGGAAGUCGUGGGCACGCAGAACUACAGCGGCCAGAGCGUGUUCAGCGUGGUCCCAGUGGAGGGCGUCAUGGAGCCGGGCAGGGCGCAGGACUUCACCGUGACCUUCAGCCCGGACCACGAGAGCCUGUACUUCUCUGACCGGCUGCAGGUCGUGCUCUUUGAAAAGAAAAUCUCCCACCAGAUCCUCCUGAAGGGCGCAGCCCGUGAACACAUGAUGUUCGUGGAGGGCGGAGACCCCCUGGACGUGCCUGUGGAGUCCCUGACUGCGAUCCCUGCCCUCGACCCCAAGCGCAGAGAGGGUGACCCCCAGCCAGGCCCUCCCUCUCCAGAAGCUGAGGAGCUGAAGCCCAUCCUGGUGACCCUGGACUAUGUCCAGUUGGACAUGGACGUGCCGGCCCCACCUGCCACCCGAGAACUGCAGGUGGGCUGCAUCCGGACCACCCAGCUGUCCCCAAAGAAGACCAUCGAGUUCAGCCUCGACAGCAUCGCGUCCCUGCAGCACAAGGGCUUCACCAUCGAGCCCUCCAAGGGCAUCGUGGAGCGCGGCCAGACCAAGACCAUCAGCAUCUCCUGGGUGCCGCCCGUCGACUUUGAUCCAGACCACCCACUCACGGUGUCAGCCCUGCUGCAGCUCAGGGGGGAUGUAAAGGAGACAUACACGGUCCUCUUCGUAGCCCAGGUGGUGACCGGCCCCUGAGGCCACAGGAGUCUCUCCAGCAAGCUCCCUCGGAUCUUCCUGCCACACUCAAAGCCCUCCCCCGGUCUGCGGACCCAGCAGAACCAUCCAGGGGCCUGGGACCUGGGCAUUCCCUGCUGGGUGGCCCCCGCCCCACAGGCACAGCCACCUCCUGCUGCCCUGGGUCCCGUGAGUCCGGGCCCAAGAGCUCCCGCCCAGCUGCACACUCAGAACCAGCAGUGAGCCAGGCCUGACCACAGCCUACUCCCGGCCGGAGCUCCUCGCGGCCCCUCGCCCCACAAGCAC